GAUAAGUUAGAUGUAGUUUUCACAGCGUCGUUUCAUGUUGAUAUUGUAACGUGUGCGUUUUAAACACGAACGUUUUCGGCUUAUCCCAGACACAUUUAUUAUUAGCGAGUCUUGUCGGUCACUAAACACUGUAAUGUUUCCGUUAGCGUUGCGCACUAAGCUAACUUAGCGCAGAAGUUAACCUAUAUGUCGAUCAAAUAACGGACUAGCCAGUUAGCUAACGCCACUUGUCAAGACAGUCAAACCAGGAACCAUUAACUGAGGGGUAUCAUCAUAGUUAUUUUAUAUGUUUCGGAGAUGGGCUGGUUGGCGUUUCUAUUUGUUCUCUAAAUGCUUAAAUCAAAUCCUGGCUCUUAGCAGCAUAUUAGUGUUGCUAGCUGGGCUAAGUUGUCAUCAAGAGGUGACAAACGUAAUCUUUUGGAAACUGGUCCCUUGUACAAGUUGAUGGUUUCUUCUGAAAUGAAGUAGCCGUGGGAUGAAACAGCUGCUAUGGUGCCUGCAGUACCCCUGCUGCUGUCGACUUAAAACGACCCACAGUGAGACACCUGGUCCAGCAUGAAGGCCCUCGGAUCUCGAUUUUCCUUCUACGCUGGUUUCGUGGUGGGAACCUUUACACUGUAUGUGUUCCUGCGGCAGGUUUGGUUUGAGAGGGCUAUGUCAAUACAGCAGCCCAACAGCCUUAACAAACCCCGCGAUCGUCAGGAACAGGUCGUGGAAGAAACGAAAAUAUGGAAAAAGGAAAGGUCUGCCCUUUUCAACCUGAAGCAUCCUCAUCAUACAGGAGAGGACAGUCGCAUGGCUGAUGAGCUGUACAAAAGGGUUCGUGUUCUUUGCUGGGUGAUGACUGCACCAAAAAACUUGGAGAAGAAGACCCGCCAUGUGAAGUCUACUUGGAGUCGUCACUGUAACAUUGUGGUAUUCAUGAGUUCAGAGGACAACGCAGACUUCCCCACAGUGGGCUUAGGCACAAAGGAGGGGCGUGAUCAGCUGUACUGGAAAACAAUAAAGGCAUUCCAUUAUGUCUAUGAGCAUCACUUCGACGAGGCUGAUUGGUUCCUCAAAGCAGAUGACGACUCUUAUGUCAUCGUAGACAACCUGCGAUUACUUCUUGCCAACCACACACCAGAGGAGCCAAUUUACUUCGGCCGAAGAUUCAAGCCGUACAUAAAGCAGGGCUACAUGAGUGGUGGGGCAGGAUAUGUGCUGAGCAAAGAGGCUCUGCGGAGAUUUGUGGAGGGAUUUAAAAACAAAGUGUGCACUCACACUUCCUCUACAGAGGAUCUUGAAAUGGGGCGGUGCAUGGAGAAAGUCGGGGUGUUGGCAGGGGACUCCAGGGACAGUUUACACAGGGAGACAUUUCACCCAUUCGUCCCUGAGCAGCACCUCACAUACAAGUUCCCCAAGAGCUUCUGGUAUUGGCGCUACUGCUAUUAUCCCAUCUCAGAGGGUCCAAACUGCUGCUCAGACCUGACGGUGUCUUUCCACUAUGUAGGUGCUUCACAAAUGUAUAUAUUGGAGUACUACACCUAUCACCUGCGUGCCUUUGGAUACAGCUACCGUUACAAGCCCCCUGCUCCACUUGGCUACAAUAUUGAGAAGACAAGUUCCAUAGAGGCUGCUGCAGGGAACAAUAGGCCAGCUUCUCAGGAGAAAGGACAAGGAAAGGGAGGCAGGGCGGAUGAGUCCAGGACUGACAAAAGACAGAAAACAGAUUCCUCUCAGGUGGCUGCUAAAGACCCUCCACCUGCUUAAUCAGGCUAAAAACAGAAGGACGUUUUAAAGUGUGUGAAGGAGAUCUACCGUUAGUGGUAGUGUGUUCAAGUGUUUGCUCAUUCAUUCUGAUAAUCUUUGAUCAUAUUUCCACAAAAAAGGAAGAUAGACUAUUUUGGUUUUACAUGCCACAGAUUUUAUUUCUUGUUUUUUGCUUGUUUUAUAAGACUAUCAUCUUUUUUAUAUAUUUUAAGGUUGGAACUGCUUUCUGUCUGCUAAACUUUUUAAAACUUAAUCAACCCAGUUUAAGGAAUGCUUUAGACCAUGUCCUUUUUUAUGACAGGCUUCACAGACACCUAUCAAGGGUCUACAUCUUUUGACUUAAUAAGAAGGAGGUAUUUGACAAGAUCAGGAAAUUCAUUCUACCUUAUCUUUAAAACUUUUCCAAACCAUCAAACUUGACUUGGACCACUCUGUUCAGCAUUGUAGCUUUUUGACUUGCUAAAAUUGUUUGAUUUAAUUUAACCACAAACUCUUUUUUACCCAUAAGCUCCAAUUCUCCAGAUAAUUUCAGAACAUGUAGCCCUGACUUUUUGUCAGGAACUUACACUUGAAACUAUUAUCUGCCAUGUUCACACACCUGCCUAUCAAGACUAUACAUGCUAAAUUUAAUAGUGAGCUGGCAGAAAUAGUCACAGUGAACAGAUUCAGCCAUUUGUGUUAACGCAUUCUCCACUUGGAAACUGUUGGGAAAACAUACAGACAUGCAUGUUAGGUGUGAUAACGAGGUACCUCAUAGGCCAUCAUGACCACAUUUAUUUACUUAGAGGUAAGAGAACAAAAUGUAUAGAUGUUCUGCAGCUGAUUUUUUUUAUCUGGAGGGUUUGUUCUGAAUUGGAUCAAUUUAAAUCAAAGUGCCUCAACCUGUACAUCAAAUCUCCUCUCUCUGUCUGCGACAUGGAUGAUUUGUGCACUCUGUGGUUUAGUAGGGAGCAUGUCUUAAUUUGCUUUCCCUCAGACAGGAGUCAUGCAAAGUUUGAAAGCAUUGUCAGCAUUAAAUAAAUGUCCCGUGUCUUUGGUUGUAUGCUGCAGCAGCCCUGAAAAGUUUUUUUUUUUUUAACGAGGAAUUUUUCAUAUAUGUCUCAAAUAACAUUUUAAAGUUUUGUUUUUAUUUUAAACUUACCCUCAAAUAGAUAAAGUUACAUUUAUGCUGAUAGUUUACCCAUGGAUUAAAUAUUGAUUUGAAUAAAUGUCUGGGGGAAAAAAACAAUGAAAAGGCCUGUUUUGAUUUUUAUUAAGCCCAAGUAACUUGUUUUUCCUGAAUAAUAUUCAAAAUUAUAAAUUAACAAUUACAUAGAUCAUGUCCUAGUAUGUUUGGCUUCUGUCAAUUCUGUUCAACUUUAUGGAAAUGAAAAAGUACUGUGAAAAUUCAACUAAAGCAUUCAGCUCUGUUGACUGAAUCAUUUGGACUGCAGUUUUAGUGAUGAUCGUGCGGUCUUAAAUUAGUGUGAAGGAGAUUUGAAAAUGUUAAUACACUAAACCUAAUAAAAUUAGAAAAAAAGAACAAAACACCUCCAGAAACAAUCCAGCCAAAGAUUUUUAUAUAAUGACGGGAUUGACUUUUCAUUUCAAUUUUACUACAUAUCUCUUCUUAAUGCUGUGAAUCUCCUAUCAGUUUUAAAACAGUAGGUCUGUUCUUUGUCUUUAUUCAGAUAUGCCUCUGGGGGUCAACAGAAUUUCAUAAUAGCAAGAGUCUGGUGAAACAGCACUUGUUAUGAUACCAGAGGCUUUAAUUUACUACAUUCCUAUCUGUUGUGAUCAAGUGUGAAAGGCAGUGUAUUUCUGUUAUCUGUUUAUCUAAUUGUAGAGGGUUGUUAUGGCAUAAAGAACAAAUCACCUCAUGACAAAAUAAAUAUAUUAUUUACAAUCAAAUCAGAGAGUGGGAUCUGCAUUUGUAUUACAAUUCCUGUAACAUCCAACAUCAUAUAACUGCCAUCUGAGCAAACAGUUGAAAUUCCCUACCUUAUAAAAAGGAAUCUGAAAUUUGCAUGUAAACUACUCCAGCUUUACAAAAAUGAUACCACAAUAAUAUUUCAGUGAUUUCUUACAAACCCAGUAGCAGGACUCGUCUUUGCAACAAAACACACUCUCCUAAUGCUUCACAGCUCCUCACUCAUUAGCUUGUGCCUUCUUUACUGAGAUUGUAUGAGCCAUCAGCUGCACGCAUGACUUUGCACUGUGACUUCACCCUGAUGAGAGCGACACUUUGACAUUGACGUCAUCUAUAUUGUCUCUUUCCAAUGUUUUAAAUCUGACCUGUGGGAAAGCCAGUGGGAGACUGGUUUGUGGUGAUUUUUUGAUUAGAAGAAAUGUUUUCUCUGAAAUUGUAUCAACUAAGAAGCUUUCUUUAAAUUCUGUAUUGAUCAGAGCUUAUUUCCUUUAUGUUGAUUAUAUUGUGUAUUUAAACCUUACUCAUAUUGAAAUCUACUUUGUUACCAAAUAGUUAACCACAAUUGUUAAAGAUCCAAAAAUGGCUGAAUAUAAGAAACUAAAUGCAACUUUUUUGGGACAGGAUUCAGAGAUCACUCAAAUUUACAAGACAUUUACAUAGAUAUUUAACUGUAUUUUUUUCUUUUUACCUCUUCAACACCUACCCCUUCAUUAAUAUCCAAUGUCAAAAAUCUGUUAUUGAACUAAUGCCUGUGAAAAUGCCUAUUUCAAGUGUUUACACCAGUUUUCUUCUUUCUUCCCACUAUGAGUACAGAGCUUGCUCAGUGUUUUCCUCUUGAAUGGAGUCUGAAGUGUUGUUCAAACCAAAUAAGCAUGUUUAAUGAAUUAAUUUCUUUUGAAACGAACUUGUUUUGAACAUUUAAAUUAACAGAGCACUGCAUGUUCAUGAAAGCAGUGUGUUAAUGUCCAGGGGCCCAAAACUUCUAAGAGUGGUGUCUUUUUCCAGUGAUUAAACACAUCAAGUCCUUGAAAACAUGCUGCCCAUACUCUAAGUUUUAUUAAAGGGAAAGAUGUACAGUACUGUAUUUAUAUUUGAAAUGUAUUUAUGUUGGUAUGGAUGUCUAAAUUCAAUCAAUAGCCCUGAGUUUGAAUAAGAGUUUUUGUGAGUGUGUAAGCACACAUGAUUAGUGUGCAGCAUUGUUUUCACUGAAUGGAACUGUAAUCACUAUAAAUAAAUACAUAUUUUAUUGUA